AUGAGUUUUGAUAUUUUCAUAAGUUUUAGAGGCAAAGAUACUCGUAACACGUUCACGGGGCAUUUGUACAAGGAGUUGGUUGAAUUAGGAAUAUCCACUUUUAUGGAUGAUAAGAAACUCUUGAUUGGAGACAGUCUUAGUGAAAAACUUAUUAGAGCAAUUGAAAAAUCAUGGUCUUUCAUCGUUGUUUUAUCAGAAAACUAUGCUUCUUCAAAGUGGUGCUUGAGAGAAUUGGUGAAGAUAAUCGAUUGUAUGGCUGUACAGAAGCAUCGAGUCAUUCCCGUAUUUUACCACGUUAAUCCUCGUGACGUUCGACAUCAAUUAGGAUGCUUCAAAAAAAGCUUCCGCAAACACGAAGAAAUUCUUCAAGAACUCAACAAUAUGGAAAGAGAUAAAUACAUGAAGGAGGUUCAACAAUGGCGGAGAGCUUUGACAAAAGUCGGUGAUCUCUCUGGAGUAGUUGUAACGAAAGAUAGCGUUGAAGUGGCUAGCAUUGGCAAAAUCACAAAGCAAUUGCUUGAUAUUUUGAAUCAUCAAAUGUUAGUAGCUUCAGACAAGGUGGAUAGGUUAGUUGAUAUGGAACGUCGGUUAUCCAAGAUGGAUGAGCUAAUUGAUUUGGAAUCGAAUGAUGUACGUUUUGUAGGGAUAACAGGGAUGGGUGGAAUUGGUAAAACAACCAUCGCUGAAGUUUUUUACGAUAAAGUUGCAAAUAAGUUUGGAAAAAAUCAUUGUUUUCUUCGCAUUUAUGAACGCACUUUAGUCUCACUUCAACAGCAACUUCUUUCCCAACUUCUUCGAACAAAGGACAUUGUGAUAAACAAUGAGAAUGAAGGAGCAAGAAUGAUUGAAAGUUAUUUGAAAGGUAAAAAGGUUUUUAUUGCUCUUGAUGGGGUGAAAGAAAUAAGUCAACUAGAAAUGUUAGUUGGAAGUCCCAUUUGGUUUGGUCAAGGGUCCAAAAUCAUCAUUACAACUAGAAACAGAGAUGUUCUUCGUCAACCUAAUUACAGAGAUAUAAUGGUAGAAUACAAUGUGGAGUUUCUUGAUUAUGAAAGUGCCAUGUCACUCUUUUGCAAACAUGCCUUUGGAUCUGAGUUUCCCAAUAGGAAUUUUGAGGAUUUGUCUAAGGAGAUUGUAGAAAGGGUUAAAGGACAUCCACAAGCUUUGAUACAAAUUGGAUUGUCUUUGUAUGAUAAAGGUAUAGAUAUAUGGAAGGAAGAAUUGAAGAGUCUUGAGAAAGAUUACAUGAAUAAACAUCUAUUCAAGACAUUAAAGAUAAGUUUUGAUGAUCUAGGAAAGACAAGCCAAGAAGUUUUUCUUGAUUUGGCAUGUUUCUUCAAUGGGAAGAAGAAAGAGAAAGUGAUUGAAAUACUUAAGAGUUUUGAUUAUAGACCUCAUAGCGAAUUAAAAUUAUUGGAAGAUAGAUGUCUUAUUGAAGUUAGACGUGACAACACAAUAUUUAUGCCUAAUUGCAUUCAAGCUAUGGGUCAAGAAAUUGAACGUGGAGCUGAUAAACGAAGUAGGAUUUGGCUUCCAAAAGACGCCAUUGAUGCAUUUGAUCAACGACAUAGAGUAAGGGACAUUAAAGGCAUAGUGUUGGAAAUGGAAGAGAAGCAAGAUGAAGUAGAGUUGGAGGGUAAGGUUUUUGAAGAUAUGACAUGUUUAAAAAUAUUGCAAAUUAGCAAUGUGAAGGUGAUUGGAGACUUCACACAUCUCUCAAAACAACUGCGAUUGCUCAAUUGGCAUAGUUAUCCCUCAGAAUGUUUGCCAUUACGUUUUGACUCGAGAUAUUUAUUUCAACUUCUCUUGCCUCUUAGUCAAACUAGGCAACUUUGGAAUGGACAAAAGGGAUUUGAGAAAUUGAAGCUUAUCAAUGUUAGUGAUUCAAAGAAUUUGCGAGAGACUCCUAAUUUUACAAAGGUUCCAAAUCUUGAAAGUUUGGUUCUAAGUAAUUGUACAAGAUUGUGGAAGAUUGAUUCUUCUAUUAGUCGUCUCAAUCGUUUGACAUUGUUGGAUCUAACAUGUUGUAUUAAUCUCAAAAGCCUUCCAUCAAUUCAAAGCUGCAAGAGCCUCACAACAUUAAAUUUGGCUGGCUCAGGUCUUGAGUGUCUCGAUCAAAAAGGUUUGGAGCACUUUCAAAACGUCUUCCAACUUUUUCAGGCAAAACGAAGGUCAACAAGAAUUCCUAGCAUGGAAAAUCUCCGAGAAUGACUUUUUUCUGUUUGUUGUGACAAAUUUUGAAGGUUUUCAAUGAUCGAAGAUGAUAUUACUUUGUUGAUUGGUUCGGGGUUAGAAGAUUGGUACCAAGUGUAUAGGGAUGACCUUGUGAAAACGAGGAUCUUAACCCGAGGAUAAAAGAGGUUUUUGAGUCUUUCAAGAUAUUGCGUGAUAUAGAAAGCACCGUACCCGAAAGGAUACAAAAAUAUCUGAAGGAGCAUGGUGACCCCAAGGAGUACGACAUUGAGGAACUAUUGUCUUUGACAAUUCAUCCUUCCGCUUUGAUUGGAGAGUAGAUUUUGAUUUUGAAACUUUGUAGAAGAUUUUGAUAUUGAAACUUUGUAGUAUUUUGUUGCAUUUUAUACUUAAGCUAAAGUUUUGCACCAUAUUUGGUUGGUUUGAGUAUUAAUAAGAGAAGUGGACAUAUGAGAAUAACAAAGAGAAAAUUUAUAUUGCA